AUGCUCUCGGGAAGCUCACUGAAUGGAAUGGAACCGAAUCGAAUGGUAUUGCGAAUUGCGCCACUUAUCCAGCCAGCCUCAUCCGGCAAAGUGAGCUUUGGCAAUGCUGCGAAAGAAAUUAAAUACCAAAACGAAAUGCCGUUGUUCGACUAUCUGCAGAACUUGGAGGAGCAGUUUUCGGAUUGUGCACAAAUGUAUUUGACGUAUAGGCAUUUGAGUACGCUUGAGGCUGCGACCAGUAGACAAAAUCCUUCCUUAGCAUUUCUGUGCUUCACAAUACACCAGCCGUUACACGAAUCAGCCAAGAAUCAGUGGUCAGCACUAAAAUUCAAAAUUUUUUAUUUCCUGGAUAUGCACAAAUGCGAGCAAUUUUUGGAGUGA